UAAAGACAUUCUUAACAAGGCUGGAAAUGUGGCUGAGGAAACUGGUGGGAUCUUCAGCUUUAAAAUAUUUUAGGCUGGGUCCUAGGUUUCCUCACGAUCUAUUAAAAUUAUUGUAUAUAGGUAGGAUAAAAAAUUUUAAAAAACCGAACAAAAUAAAGUAAUUACAGCAUCUCUAACAAGAUCGUAUUUUCCUGAAGGUGGUUAAGCCAUCGUACCGGAACCUCUAAACGGAGGGUCCUAGGCAGUACCGAGGAGUGACAGCAACACCGCCACGCCGGCAGAAAAGCCUGUUUUGGUCUCCGCCCUGUUCCUCUUGUUCCUUCUAACCGCUUCCCUCCUCGCCAAUUCCGGAACGGAACUCUUUUUUCAUUCUCCCCAGUUUAAUUGUAGGACCAAUUUCAUCAACACAAUCCGGAGUGGUCAACAUGGCGGCGGCCGUAAGGUGCCUCGGGAGAGUCUUGAUAUGUCAUCAGAGAUGUCAUCUUUCCAAGAUGAUUUAUCAGAUGUCUCUUUAUCCUUGUUCUUUAAACAUUCAAGUGCCCAACAGACAUUUUGCUGCUGCUGCUACAAAGCCUGCAAAGAAAACAAAAAAAGAUACCAAAGAAAAAGCGACAGAUGAAAAAAAAGACGAGAUAGAAAAAAUAAAAUCAUAUUCCUACAUGGAAGGUGAACCUGAAGAUGAUGUCUAUUUAAAACGCUUAUACCCAAGGCAGAUAUAUGAGGUGGAGAAAGCUAUUCAGUUACUUAAGAAAUUUCAAAUUUUGGACUUUACUCAUCCAAAGCAAGGGGUUUAUCUUGAUUUGACACUGGAUAUGGCAUUGGGGAAAAAGAAAAAAGUGGAGCCAUUUGCCAGUGUUAUUAGUUUUCCAUACCCAUUUGCAUCAGAAAUCAAUAAAGUUGCUGUAUUUACUGGGAAUGCAUCAGAGAUUGAAAUAGCAGAAGAAAAUGGAGCUGCUUUUGCAGGAGGAACUAGUCUGAUUCAGAAGAUUUUGGAUGAUGAAGUUCAAGUAGACUUUUAUGUAGCUGUUCCAGAAAUAAUGCCUGAGCUUAAUCCAUUAAGGAAGAAACUGAAAAAAAAGUUUCCUAAGCUUACUAGAAAUUCCAUUGGCCGUGACAUCCCUAAAAUGCUUGAAUUAUUUAAAACUGGACAUGAAAUUCACGUAGAUGAAGAAAGGGAGAACUUUCUCAGUACCAAAAUAGCCACAUUGGAUAUGUCAAGUGACCAGAUAGCUACCAAUCUUCAAGCAGUUAUUAAUGAAGUGUGUAAACAUAGACCUCUGAAUUUGGGUCCCUUUGUGGUACGUGCCUUCCUUCGUAGCUCAACAAGUGAAGGUUUGCUACUAAAGAUUGAUCCAUUGCUGCCCAAAGAAGUAGAAACUAAGGAAAGUAACCAAGAAGCUGCCUAAAAGUGUUGAAUUGUGAAAUUCUUUUCAAUGGAUUAAGAAACAACAAAGAAAAUUAUAAAACUGCAUAAUUUCUACA